AUGCGACGGCGUCUAGAGAAACCCGUGACAUCAGACUCUCUUCCAGAUGUGGCAGGGUCUUCAGUUGCAGAUGAACGAGCGUCCACUGACCCUGCAUCUUCAAGAAACGUAGCGUGGGGUGCCACAACUGCUCCACCAGCACCCAAGUAUUUAUUCACGAGUCCCGUCGCUCCAGCACGAGGAGGAUUGGAUUCAAUGCGUUCAUUGGAUCUGAGAGACAAGAAGAAACUACGUUGUAUCUGGCUCGCACCCGAUGAAGGCGACCAGCAGAUUGUGCGACCUCCUCCGCUAGAUAGCAUGCAAUAUGCACAAAUUAGUGCUUCGAUGUUUGGCAGCAAUGUGAUGGAGAAUAUUAAGCGCGCAGACAACCUCUCUGUGCAACUUGAACGCAGCAAUCGCUUCAUGGAUGCCUUGCACACCUACGAGCAGGCAGCUAAAAUGCUGCUUCGAUGUAUGCAAAAGCGAGAGGAAGCACCUGGUGUAAUGACGGAUGAGCUGAAGUGGCUACGCAUCGACUACGAGAUUCGCUGUGUGCAACUCGUAGCGCUUUGUUUGUGUGGAGCACGGAAAACGGCAGCAGGGGGAGAUAAUACGGCAUUUCUGUUACUCAAGAAAGCCGAGGAAUUGACUGCCCGGGACGGUCUCCAAUAUUGUAAAAAGCAUAUUCAGCGUGCUGCGGUUUAUCAGAAUGUGGCGAAUUACUACAAGAAGCAAAAGAAAUACCAGGCGGCACUACAGGCAGCGGAGAAGGCUGUGCGAAUCAACGACAAGCUCGCAUCCAGUGAUCGUUUUCCUAUCGCGUACUUCUUACAAGCCUGCCUACAUGGAUUAUUGCAAGAAGCUGCCAAGGCUGGCUUCAUGUACACUGCGUGCCUCACAGUGGCCGAGUCUCAGCGAUCAGCUAACGAGAAUCCACAAGCUGCUGAGGUGUUUUACACAAUGAAAGCUGCAACAUUGCACAACUUGGCCAUCGAAUGGGCGAACUUAAACAUGCCUGACCAAACGCGCGACGCACUCGCAAGCGCCAUGGAAGUCGGCGUUCACUACCUCCCACAAACACACCCUGUGGUCUUACGUAUUCUGGAAACCUACAAGGUAAUGCGAGAGAAUUUCCUUUUCCACAGGAGCACCAAGACCGCUACAGCACCCGUGACUGUACCACAGAGUACUCGACCAACGGCCCCCGUUCGUCCCACGUUAGACACUGGCAAUAAACGCCCAUUACCGCCGAGCUCACAGAAGACAUCUCUUGAUACACCAGGAGAUGUAUCGAGUCCUCGAACAAGACGAAUAUUGACCCGUGAAGGGCAUCAUCCCGAGUCUGAAGAUAUUAGUCCAAUGCCGCCAAAGUCUCGACGGCCAACCACUUCAAUGUCAGCAUCAAGAUUAUCAUCACCGCGUGCAAGAACCGUCAAGCGGCCAACUACCACAGCUGAGGCCCCAACUGCAUUAUCUGGACAGACCCUCUCGCCUGGAGCCACAAGGACUUCACAUCUACGGACUGUACCAGACAAAAUCUACUCUCACUCGUUGGGGGCGAAAUACAAUACUCACAAAGAGCGCGUCCUUGAGGAAGCGAGAACGUUCGGUGUUCGCCGGAGAGCUGCAGUGAAAAUUCAGAAAUCGUGGAAACGAGCACUUAUGCGGCUUCGAGUUGUCAGACGAAAGAAAAACGCGGCGAUCCGGAUACAGAGCACACUGCGCAUGCAUCAUCAGAAAGCUCAGUAUGAACAAACACUUCGAAUGAUUCGACAGACCCAAGCUGUUUGGCGAGGCGGGCUUACACGGACGCGCAAGAAAAUGGCUCUUGCCUCGGUGGUACAGAUCCAAAGUGCGUGGCGUUGUCGCAAUGAGCGUGCGAAAUAUGCUAUCAAGAAGAUCCGUUUGGUGUUGCUGCAGUCAGUUAUGCGGGGGUUCUUGGCGAGAAUGGCACGAAGCCGGAAAGACAAAGCAGCAGCGGAAAUUCAGGCGCAGAUACGGAGGUAUUUGUGCGUGAAAGGGUUUAAUACGAUCGUUGUAGCUGCUGCGAUGAUCAAUCGGGUAUUACGUGGGAUGCAAGCUCGGAAACGAGUGGAACGUGGAGUGAAAUGUGUUUUGAGUGGUGCGUUGAAGGAUUUGGUGGAGGCAGUGGUUGCAGAUGAUAUGGAGGUUCAGGCGAUGAAGGCUGCCGUGGAGAGUACACUUGAGGGACUUGUAGCGACAGUUUCAAUGAAACCAGAACUGGAUGAGUCAACAGAUAAUCGUGAUGGAGAAAUUGAGAGCUCCCAAAUCAUUGGUGAUGGCGUCGAAAAUGCUGGCAGUGAAAAUCAAGUUUUUGGAGAACGCACCGCAACAAAUGGGAUUCCAUCUGCUGUAGAAUCAAUGACAUUCACUUAG